AGUACUUCAAGCUGCAGGAAAUGGUGGCCUGGAGCGACCUCCGCCUGGACUUCGUCGUGGGGGGCGUGUGCCACUGCGGCACCAACUCGCUGCGCAAGAACCUGCUCAGCCACCGAGACGUCGCCAUCACCAUCGACGGAGAAGACCAGUGGUUCUCUCGGCACACCCGGAGCCUGCCCUACCGCUCGGAGGUGGAGAGCUUCAACCGCGCCUGGACGGACACCGGGCGCGGCGGCUCGAGGCCCAAGGGCCUUGCCCACCCCUCGACGUUCGAGGACUCGCGGACCAGGCAGAUCUUGUCCCGGAUGCCCGACUUGCGGCUCGUCUUCAUCAUCUGUGACCCGGUCGGGCGGGUGGAGAAGGAGCUGUGGUGGCGCCACGUGUGCCACGAGGGCCGCAAGCCGGAGGGGCCCUGCUGGAGCUCGCUGGGCGCCUUCCUGGCGGCGCCGGAGGCGCCGCAGGAGCUCGACAAAGAGCUCAUGGGCGAGAGGCUGCAGAGCCUGCUCGAGCUCACCGGCAAGCGCAUGCGGGUGCUGCAUCCCUGGGGGGGGCCAGAGGCGGGGACGCCCGGCAGGGCCCCAGGCUUCUGCAGCCCCCAGGAGAAUUGCCGGGUGCAGGCCCCGAGGACAACAGUCCAGAGGCCUGGGGGUGCCGCGGUGGGGAGUGUCGGUCAGUUUCGGGUGAGGAGUUGUUGAGUGCAGGGUCCGAAGAGCGGCAGUCCAGAGAUGAUAAG